GUGGCCCGUCAGUGACGUUAGUCGACGACGUCGACGAUCGGUUGCCGGGUUGGAGUUGUUGUGGCACGUUUAAGGUUGGGAUCGCAUUUUCUCCCUGUCCCCGUAGUAGAGACACAAUCGUGACAGGAGACAGUCAGCACGCUGAAAAGAGGAACCUGUAAAAAAUGAACAAGAUCGUAUCUUCGCUAGCUUUAGCUAGCAUACUCGCUUCCGUGGCUCUCGCCACUGACAAGAUCUGUCAGAAGCCCGAGAUCGUCGCCUCGUCCUACGUUACGGAAGACGCAACCGUGCUCACGAAUGUUGCCUUCACCAUGCAAUUUGUGUUGAAGUGCAGCGAUGGUGUGAAGGGAAUUAGUCUUUACGCCGAGGUCGAGGGCAAGUUACUACCGGCUGCCAGAUUGAGCGCCGACAAUAAAUAUCAGAUAUCGUGGACAGAGGAUAUCAAGAAAGCGAGAUCUGGUGAUUACUACAUAAAGCUAUAUGAUGGAGAUAAAUACAAUGCUGUUCGUAAAGCGAUAAGGAAUGGAGAGGAUCAUGACAGUGUGAAUCCAUUGGCGGUGGUUGUCCUUAACAAUCCAGGGGUAUAUCUUGGUCCUUGGGUGAAUUCUGAAUUUUUGGCUGCAUUCCUAGCUAUUUUUGUAUCCUAUUCGGCGUUUUCUGCAAAGUACAAACUUCUAGCAUAGAAAAUUUUUGUUAUUUAAAAAAAAUAAAAUAUUUAAACAUGGCAAAAAAAGUACUAUUUAUCUCCUCAAAGUCUUCUUGCACAUGCUAUAAAGUUUUUCUUUUUUACAUUUAAGUUUUUAUUGUAAAUAAGUUGCAGAAAAAUUGUAUCAGAAAUUUAUUAUAUCAACAUUUAAACUGUUA